UUCAACGUUGUUAUGAUUGACAGCAGCCCUAUAUGAAAACGAAGGAUGAUGUUACCUGAUGCAGAAGACAACAGAGCGUUGUCAAAGGAAGGUGUGCGGGAAAAAGAGACUAAAAUGUCAAUUUUUAUUGACUGCAUUGAAGCUUUGAAGGCAUUUUUAGUUGCUUACAUGACAUCGAUUUGGAGAUUUUUUGUCUCUCCCCCAAACAAAUCGGUGACGAGUGAGAUAGUCUUAAUUACGGGGAGCGGUUCAGGGAUUGGGAGACAGUUGGCAUUGGAAUUUGGAAAGUUAGGUGCUAUUCUUGUGCUAUGGGAUAUCGAUGAAAAAGCAAACGAGGAAACAGGAAAUCUGAUGAAAAAGUUUGAUGUGAGAUUCCAUCUUUACAAAUGUGAUGUUGGAAUAAAGGAAGAAGUGAAAAAAGUAGGAAGGAGAGUGAAAGAAGAAGUUGGAGAUGUUGCUAUUUUGAUAAACAAUGCUGGCAUUGUAUCAGGGACCAAACUUAUAAAUACCCCAGACCAUAUGAUAGAAAAAGUCUUCUGUGUCAAUCUAUUGGCCCACUACUGGACUGUCAAAUUUUUCAUGCCUACAAUGAUAAGAAAAAAUCAUGGCCACAUAGUAAAUAUAGCCAGCUCUACUGGAUUGGUAGGUAUCAACAAACUCACAGAGUACUGUGCUUCCAAGUUUGGGGUGGUCGGCUUUACAGAGGUGCUUAGUUACGAACUAAUAUUUGGAGGUCAUGAUGGGGUACAUACAACACUAGUCUGUCCAUCUUAUGUAGAGACUGGAAUGUUUGAGGGAUGUAGAAUGAGGUUUCCAUGGAUAUUGCCCCCAUUGAAAGUCAGCUAUACAGUUAAUAAGAUCAUGCAGGCAAUUCUGACAAACCAACAGAUGAUAUGUAUACCAAGAUCUAUAUACCUCUUUACAUUUCUCAAAACAAUACUACCUGUAGAAGCAUUUCAUGAGAUAAUAAAGUUAUUUGGUGCAGCAAAUUUUAUGGACAGUUUCAUUGGUCGAAAAAAGACUGAAACAGAAGAGAAUACAAAUGGUUUCCAUAAUGGACAUGACACAGUAAAAACUUGAAUGGCAAGUGUGGACACUCAGUAGAGAGGAAAUUUAGCGUGCAAUUGAGUGAAGAAAACUUUUAACAUCUAGUGCAAUCAAUCUAAUUGAUUGUGGUUUUGUAAUUGUUUGAAAAAUGUCAAACAUACAUCAUGUACAUUUUCAUAAAACAUAUGCUGUAGUUUCAUUUGUGAUCAUGUGUAAUAAUUCUGUCAUAAUAAGACGUUAAAUUGUAUUUUUAUGGCUACUAUAAAUUCUGAAAUUAUUGCUAGGUUUUUAUUAUUGCAAAUAAUGCAACUUGGUGAGAAUUGCAAUAAUAAAAAAUUUGCAGAAAAAAGUAUUCUGAUAUCUGAUACAUAUAUCUAUAUAUAUAUGCAGCUUUUCCUGAAAUUGCAAUGAUUAAUCUCGCAUUUUUUAUUUAUUCUUCAAAAAUUGCAGUGAUAAAUGCGUACAAUAAUCUUUGAAUUUACAGUUCUUGAUUUUAUGGUUGUAAAAAAAUAAUGCUGAACAAUUUAUAUGAGCAAAGGGAUUUGAAUAGAAUAGCAAAAAACAUCUAAGGUCAGUUUUGCCUGAGGGAGUUUAAACCAUAGUUUAUCAAAUCUAUCAACCGAAAAUUUAAUAAAUGUUUGUUAUAAUCAUAUCUGUGGCAAAUUACUGACUACUUAGGCGGAAAAUGUUACUGGGACUUACAGCCCAACAAGAGAAGCAUUGUUAUUCAGAAUUCCAAUUGAUAAUUUUCAAAUAAUUUUAGGGAUGAUAUUUUUCAUGACUUCAUUGUUUGAAUAUAGAAAAGCAAAGUUUAAAAAAAAAAAACUAUUGUAUUAUGUCACAGCCAAAGUUAUCUAACAGGAGGGGCAGUAGGAGGGAGUGUCAUCCUGAAUUCCUGAAAAAAUAAAGUAUUCUUUCCCUGAUCCUGAAAAAUUAAUUAUUAAUUCCCAGUCCCGAAAGGGUAAAUCCCAAUUCCAGCGACACAAAAAUCCCAAUACUGAAUUCCCGCAAAAAUAAAGGCCUAAUCCAGAUAUCCUGAAAAAGGUCCUUCUGCAACUCAAACAUAUAUCUUGAUGUGCCCCUAGGUUGUCUAAAUGUUUGUAUUUUUCCUGUGUUUUACAGAGAUUGUCAACCAUCAACUCAUGUUACACUAUGUCAUGUAAAUAAAUGUUUUUGGAAAGCUGGUUGAAUUGAUUGCAAUCUAUCUUAUUUAAAAAAAAAUGUUUUUACAUAAAAUAUGAUAAAGCAAGGUUAUAUCUUUAUACUUGAAAUUUUAUUUAUUCACUGAAGUUUUCUUUUUUCCUUGUUACUGUAUAUCAGAAUUUAUUGUGUGCAUUUAUUAUUGGGAUUUUUAAAGAAAUGACAUAAAUACAAGAUUGAUUAUUGCAAAUUCAGAAAAAUCUGCUUAUAUAUGUACCAGAUAUCAGAAUGCACACUCUUAUUAUAGCGAUACUCACCUAGUCGCAUUAUUCGCGUUAAUAAAAAUCAAAAUCUUGCAAUAAUUCCUGAAUUUACAGUUCUCAAUUGGCAUAAUACUAAAAUUUUGAUAUUGGAACUGAUGACAAUUAACGAUAAUGAAAAUUCUUUUAAAUGCAUAGUAGAAAAUUGAAUAGAGUGGCCUGUGCUUCACAGAAAAGUCUAAUGAAGUUUCAGAAAAUUAGCAAAAAUAUGGCUUACAGUGGACACUCAUAAAGUUCCUAAAUUAAAAACUAAUUUUUGUCGAGCCUGCAACUUUUGUCACAGAAAGCUCGACAUAGGGACAGUGAUGCGGCGGCGGCAGUGUUAGCUAACUUCUUAAAAGCUUUGUAUUUUAGAAAGUGGAAGACCUUGAUGCUUCAUACUUUGUAUAUAGAUGCCUUAUGUUACGAAGUUUCCGUCUGUCACAUGUCCAUUGUCCUUGACCUCAUUUUUAUGGUUCAGUGACUACUUGAAAAAAAGUUGAGAUUUUUUGUAAUGUUAAUUUCUCUCUUAUUAUGAGUAAUAGGUCAUUAGGAUAACUAUAUUUGGUAUGUGCGUACCUUGCAAGGUCCUCAUGCCAGUCAGACAGUUUUCACUUGACCUCGACCUCAUAUCAUGGAUCAGUGAACAAGGUAUAGUUUUGGUGGUCAAGUCCAUAUCUCAGAAACUAUAAGCAAUAGGUCUAGUAUAUUUGGUGUAUAGAAGGAUUGUAAGAUGUACAUGCCCAACUGGCAGGUGUCAUCUGACCUUGACCUCAUUUUCAUGGUUCAGUGGUUACAGUUAAGUUUUUGUGUUUUGGUCCGUUUUUCUUAUACUUUAUGCAAUAGGUCUACUAUAUUUGGUGUAUGGAAUGAUUGUAAGAUGUACAUGUCCAACUGGCAGGUGUCAUCUGAUUUUGACCUCAUUUUCAUGGUUCAGUGGUCUUGGUUAAGUUUUUGAGUUUUGGUCUUUUUUCUGAUACUAUAUGCAAUAAGUCAACUAUAUUUGGUGUAUGGAAAUAUUUUAUGAUAUACAUAUCAGUCUCGCAGGUUUUAUUUGACCUUGACCUCAUUUUCACGGUUCAUUGCUCAGUGUUAAGUUUAUGUGUUUUGGUCUGUUUUUUUUAAACUAUAAGCAAUAGGUCAACUAUAUUUGUUGUAUGGAAGGAUUGUAAGCUGUUCAUGUCUGCCUGGCAUGGUUCAUCUGACCUUGACCUCAUUUUCACGAUCCAUUGGUCAAUGUUUAGUUUUUUUGGUUAAGUCUGUUUCUUAGAAACUAUAAGCAAUAGGUCAACUAUAUUUAGUGUAUUGAAUGAUUGUAAGGUGUACAUGUAUUUCUCUUCUGGUUUAUAUGACCUUGACUUCAUUUUCUUGGAUCAUGUUGAGUUUAUGUUAAAGUUUUAGUAAAGCUUUCAUUUAGGACUAUCAACAUAAUAUCAAUGGUUAGUAAAGAAGGCAAGACAUUUCGCGUGUGCACUCUUGUUAAUGUACAAGCACAAUGUUUCAUCAGUGAGAAUAUUUCUAUUGUAAGAAAAAAGGAUUUUUUACACUAUUUUAUUAUUUUUCACAUCUAUAUUAUUGUAUAGUAAUUGCUACAUAUUAAAAUCUGAUUAAAAUAUUGAUCCUGUGUGCAAGCUUUGCUUACAUGGAUCUGACAACACUCAGUUUUACUUUCUGUUCUGGUAAUUAGUACAUUAGCCAAUGAAUUUACGCCUCCAAAUUUUUGAAGGUGUGUAUUAAUCCGACAAAACCAGAGGAUCCCGAAAGGUGUUUAAAACAGAAAGUACAAGUACUGUACAACUGAGAGCUUUCCGAUCCUUGUAAACAAAGCUUGGACACAGGAUUAGUAUUUUAAUCGGAUUGUACUUAUUGUUUUUUUCUCUUGUGUAAUAUAAUAUUGAUGUUUUUUAACUGUGAUGUUUGUUUUUAUUCUCGAUAUUUCUCCACUGAGAGAGUGUUCAAUUUCUUAAAUAAAACUUGUAAAAUUUGAAAUUAGUAAUCAUGGUUGUCUGUGAUCCUUUUUGAUAAAUUUUGAAAUCUAAUUGUUGGUUCUCUAAGAGCCUAAAAAUGAUCAUAGUAUAACGUUCACCUUGUCCGACCGUUUGUCCAACAAAUAUUUUGUUACACUUUUCUCAAAAUCUACUUCACAGAAUGACUCCAUAUAUGGCCAGCUAGUAAGCAAUGUUGAGCUGAAAAGUAUGUGCAUUUUCCGAUCUGUCCAACAUCUACUUUCUGUUUUUCGAUACUUUGAAUUAUGAGUGGGAUGUACCUUGCACUUCAAAGCAUUUAUUAUUUAUUGUUUUAUUUUCCCUAGUAUUAAACACAUUAAUAUGAUUAUUGUUUAUUGUUGGUGGAAUUUGCUGUUUGUUUGUUUGUUUUUUUUAGUUAUCUUUUACAAAUUUGACAAUUAUGGCGUUCUCAUAUUCACAGCCAUAUGAGGGAUUUUUGGUCGAGUGGUCUAAGUUGUUCACCUACUGUAUCACUAGCCUGUCAACACCAAGGUUGUGAGUUCAAUUCCCGCCCGAGACAGGUAUGUUCAACUAUCUCAAUUGACUAGGAUUGUCAGUUUUCCUACUUAAGGUCAUGGUUCUCUCCGGGCUAUAUGGCUUCCUCCACCAAUAAAAACUGACCGUCACAAAAUAGCCAAUAGUGCUGAAAGUGGCGUUAAGCACCAAUCAAUCAAACAAUCGCAUCCAUAUGCAUGUUAUAUUUAAAAAUAACUACAAAGUUGCAUAAUUAUUAACACUUUUUACCGUAAAUUACCUUUCAAGAAUAUGUUAUAAAAGGGCAGCUCUUUUAAAUAAGGGCUGUUAUACAGAUAAAUAUGCAUUAAACCCUGAGAAGGCACUUUGAAAUCUCAGCUAUGGGAGAACAGAGAAAUUAAAAGUUGGUUCUGUAGGUGUUUACCCCAUUAUGAAAGUGCCUUCUCUGAGUACCAUUCUGAUCGAGCUUUAAACUAAAUGUGAAUAAGAGUAAUUUCCCUUUGAGGGCAAUAUCUCUGUUUUUCUUAAAUGAAGAGUUAGAUUUUUGAAUUAUUCUAUAUGGAAUUUGCUUGUAAUAUUUGGUUUGUAUAAACCAGCCUUUAUUGUUGUCUGUGCACGAGGUCUUAAAACUUCUGACAAACUUGUAAGCUAGAAUGUAUGGUCAGAAUAUAAGAUAAUUCAUACUUUUAUAUAUACAUCAUACAUGUACUACCAAUCAUAACUCUGUAUUGUAAUGUGGUUAAGAUUUUGUUAUUUAAUUUGUAAAUAUGAAAACAUAUAUCAAAUGAUAAAUUAAUGUGAAAGUAUAUACUAUCUACAUAUGUUAAGUGUAUUAAUUCACUCAAAUAUAAAUCACUUUCAAUCACCUCAUUAUGUCGAGGAUAGGGGAACAUUAAGUUGUAUUUCGGGAAUUACAGAAAAUUCAGAAAUUAUUUCGAGGUUUUUAUUAAUGGGAAUGAUGUGACUGGGUCAGUAUCUCAAUAAUUAAUCUCUCACUUUUGUCCAUUCAUAAAAAUUCCCAAAAUUAAAUGCACGCAAUAAUUUCUGACUUUACAGUACAUUGUUUUGGGCUAAACAAUAAAGAUAAGAGAAAAAUGGGUGAAGAAAAUGAAGAAUACAGAAACAUAGCCUUAGAAACAAAAGAAUACAGAAAUGAAUUCAUUUUCUUGUUAUUUUGUAAAUUUCAAUUUAUAAUUAGAUUCAUUCGAUUAUAAAUACAUUGUUUGUUAAUUGUUAUUAUGUUAUAUAUAUGUUAUGUCGUAAUUGGUGCUACUAAAAUAAAUAUAUAUAUGUAUAUUGUUACCAUAAAUCUUUGUUGGAGUAGCCAGCUAAUAUAUCUUUAUAAACAUC